CAUUCCAGAUCGCAGCGGAGUCGCCGCUGGACAAAUGCGACAGGACUGCGCCUUUUUAGUCAGCGAUGAUUCACAGGAUUUGUUUCUUUUUCAUCAGUUUAAGAUUUCAUGUAACUUUUGGAGGAAAAGUUUGUUUCACACAAAGGAAAUAAGAAACAGAUUCCUGUCAUUUGAAAAGCGCACAGGAUAUUUGGAGAAGACCGUUGCGCACCUUUGGAAAGUCUCUACAAUGACAGACAUCGCAUCGGCAAUGGACACAGAGACAAGCUGCUCAGCUAGUGUUCUCGAACCAGAAUCAGAUCAAAGUCUUGAUUGUCCUAAGAGUCCGCCCCUGGAUUUGAUUGACACAGGAAAAGCACUGAAGGUACAAACAGCCACCCCUCACCUGGUCAGCCUGGGCAGCGGAAGACUCAGUGUUGCCAUUACUCUGUUACCUUUAAAGGAGGGAGUGACACGCAUAGGUCGUGAUGAUGCCCCUGUGCCUCAGGACAUCAGUAUUGAAGGACCUGGAAUUGAAGCAGAACACUGCAGAAUCGAGAACAAAGGAGGGAUUAUCACUCUUGACCCCUGUGGACACCUGUGUUCACUCGAUGGCGUUCCGGUCACCAGACCCACACAACUUACACAAGGUUACACUCUCUGUCUGGGUAAAUCCUAUAUAUUUCGUUUUAACCACCCGGAGGAGGCCAACCGAAUGAAAAGCAUGCUGCCGCAGAAGAGCCCCGUAUCUCCGCUGGUGUACAGCACAGAUUAUCUAAAAUUCAGCAGUGACUUUAGUAACUGUCUUGGUGGAACCAGCACCAGGGGGAUGCGCUCCGUCUCUGAGCUGCGAGAUUUGAUGGACACUUUACAGAAAAAGAAACAGGCACUGGAGAACAGCUUACGGGCCAACGGCGACUCUAAUCCCUCCUACUUCAGCAUGACACAGUCUCCGCCCACUACACCUAAUUUGUUGUCACCUGUCACCACGUCCUCCCCAACGCCAUCCUAUCAGGAACAAGCCAGGCGGUUGUAUAACUCAGAUCGUCCUCCACUGGGAAUCAAAUUUCCAGCCCAUUCACCCAACAGUAUGCCUCCAUCUCCCCGCCGCUCCGACUCGCGACCUAUGACGCGUAACACAUCUCAGGAUAGUAUACUCAACAAUACGUCGGAAAGCCGCCGUACCCCGACCACAGGAUCUGCUCUGUCAAUGUGGAAUGGCUCAUCCACCAGUGCUGCCAGUUCCCUCCCCCCAACACCAGUGGGCGGUAGUGGGGCAGCCAGCAUGCCCUCCAGCCCCCGCCUGGCUCGCCGAUUCCCCACCCCAGACACAGGCCGCAACGGAGGACUCGACCCUUCUCCACGGCAAAGAAAGUAUUCAGCUGGGUCACUUACUGGCAUGAGCUCACACAGUCGCUCUCUACCACGCCUUUAUCGACCUGCCGAUAGCCAGCUCACCCUACCUCCUACCUACCGAUCUCCAGACGGCCAGCUUUCUCGCCCAACUGGCAUCCCUGAGGUUAAUCACCAGAACGGCCUCCAAUCCGAGGUGGUCUCCAUUUCCCUGUCCACUAGAUCUGGUACCAAACAGACCGUAGCCCCUCCUGAUGUCACCAUGACCUCAGAAGAGACCACCAGUCCUCGCCAAGCCAAGAAGGUGAGUUUGACCUCUGUCAGCUCUUGUUCAGAAUUGGAUCAACAAGGCCUACGUGGUCCCUCUCCUGCUCUGGAGUUUAGUUUCGGGGAGAGGAGGCAAUCGUUCGGGAAAGCAGGGCUUGGACCGCAUGGAGGCUUUCGGGAAAGGAAGGGCAGCAUCAGCUCUCUGAGUGGAAAAGAAGAACUUCAAGACUACCAUCAAAGACAAAGAGAUGAAAGACUGCGGGAACAGGAAGUGGAGAGGCUGGAACGUCAGCGUUUGGAGACUAUAUUGAGUCUGUGCUCAGAAUUGGGCCGUGCCGAGCAGAGCAAAACUGGUGCGGCCGUCGCAGACUUGCAGAAGAUCAACAAGGAGCUGGAAAAAUUACAGGUGUCGGAUGACGAGUCCGCAUUUUCGGAUUCUGCCAGUUUUUCUACCGAGAACGACUAUGGGUCCAAAGCCCGGGAGAAACAGGGCAGUGAGGAGAGACCGGUACGGCAGCGCCAGAAUAGUGGACACAAGGAAGUGAGGGCGGAGUCAGGAGCUGUUUUUGGCUCCGCCCCCACACCAUCUCCUCGGCUGAUACGGACAAACAAGGCGUCUGAGGACGACGCACAGUUAACGCUGGAAGUGAGACGUAUCGAGGAGGAAAGGAUCCAGGUCCUGAAUAAUAUGGAAGAACUGGAGCAGAAGAUCAAAGACCUGGACAACCAAAUGGAGGAGUCCAUUAGAGAGCUGGAAGUGGAGCGUGCUCUGUUGGAAGGUGAGCAGGAUUCAGAGAUUGCUCAACUGCAGCAAGAGAGAGAUGCUUUGGAGCAACUUAAAGACAAGAUGGCUGACAUCGAAAACAAAGCACAGACGGAAAAAUCUCAGGACAAAGUCAAGCUAGAUGCAGAGCGGGUAAAGUUAGAUCACCUGGUGAAUCUGCUAGCAGAGCAGAAGACUCAGUUGGACUCCUGCCCUGAAGCCCUGAAAGAGCAACUUCAGCUGCAGCUCAGCAGGGAUGCAGAAACCCUGGAGGUGGAGACCAAGCGUUUUGAAGAUCUUGAGUUUCAACAGCUGGAACGAGAGAGUCGUCAGGAUGAGGAGAAGGAGAUGCAGACUCGGCAGAUUCUCAGAGAGAUCGCGGAUUACCAACGUAGCACCGUCACACGAAAGGAGAGGCUCCUGGCCCUGAAGAAACAGUACGCACAAAUUUCCCAGCAAGCUCAGCGGGACAAGGAGAACUUCCUGAAAGAAAAGAGUAAUCUUCAGAUGAUGCUACGGCGGGAAAAGGAGCAUCUUGUCAACUUAGAGAAAAGAUAUUCAGAUCUCACAGGGACAUUGGGCUUUCCUGUUAGUCCCAACAGUAUGAAAGAGGACUGCGUCCAAUUGGCUGACGUUUGUCUGCCUCAUAGUGAAUCUCGCCAUGCCCACAAAACUCAGUCUGCGCUUCCUGCCGACCUGCUGAUGUUUUCUUCCCUUCUUUCCUCUCUGUCUAUCAAAAACGCAGAGGGCUAUGUCACAGUCAAUGAGCUCAAUGAACUGUACUCUCAACUGGGGGUAGACCCCACCCCAGCCCCCCUCCCUACCCAAGCCGAGCUCUCCCCUGACGCCCCUGCCACAGAGACUGAAGCCAAUCCUGCCGAGAGCACUGCCCUACCAGGAGAGGGUGAGCUCCUUUCUCCUUCCUGUUCACUACUUCCCUUCAAUUCUCCUUCCUCUUCCACUCCAUGCUCUCGCCCCAACCUUAAAUCUCCCUCUGUGCACUGGCCUGAGGACUUAGCGACCUUCCUCAACCCUUCUCCUUCUCCUCCUCCUCUACCUGCCAAAAAACAGCGUCGCCACAGGCAGCAUUUCCGCACACUAGAGGAAAGGAAACGGUACGGCAAGGAGGGUGGAUCUCAUUUGAGUGACACUCUUCCUAGGAAGAAGACCCAGCCCACUGUGACUCCACAGUUUACAUGCGCCACACUUGGUCGUAACGUGCCCAGCAAAUCUCAUCCGCCUUUAGCUCAAAGCUCCAGUUGUGGAAGCGUGUUGAACCGAGCUCUCGCCAUCUCUCCCAAAGAGACACAAAUGGAAACACACCGUCUGCACAAGGGACACAGCCAGCAACACAUCGGUGAGGACCACAGAACAAGGUCGGAUAAUCUCAGCGGUCGUGCAUCCUCGCAGACAAACGUUUAUCUUGACUCAUUCGGUUAUCAAGACAACGGCCGUACCUUCGACACGCUGAGCGUGGACAGCUCAGAUAGCAUGGACACAAGCAUCUCCGCCUGCUCACCCGACAAUGUCUCGAGUGCCAGCACCAACGUUUCGAAGAUGGAAGAGAUGGAACGUCUUCUCCGAGAGGCUCAGGUGGAGAGAAACAGGCUCCUGGAGCACAGGGAGAGAGAGAUGGAGAGCAAGAGUCGAGCCCUUGAGGAGGAAAGGAGGCGGCGAGAGGAGCUGGAAAAGAGAUUGCAGGAAGAAACCAGCAGGAGGCAGAAACUCAUCGAGAGAGAGGUGAAGCUCCGCGAGAAACAGCGAGCACAGUCUCGUCCGCUAACACGCUACCUACCGGUAAGAAAGGAUGACUUUGACCUUCGCGCCCACAUCGAUUCAGCCGGCCACAACACCGAGACCUGUUUCCACGUAUCCAUCACAGAGAAAACCUGCAGGGGCUUCCUUAUUAAGAUGGGGGGCAAAAUCAAAACCUGGAAGAAGCGCUGGUUCGUCUUUGACCGCAACCGGAGGACCUUGUCCUACUAUUCAGAUAAACAUGAGGCGAAACUAAAAGGAGUCAUUUAUUUCCAGGCCAUAGAGGAAGUGUAUUAUGACCAUUUAAAGAGUGCACACAAGAGUCCAAACCCGUCUCUAACGUUCAGUGUCAAGACUCAUGAUCGCGUGUACUACAUGGUGGCACCCUCACCCGAGGCCAUGAGAAUCUGGAUGGAUGUUAUCGUAACGGGAGCGGAGGGAUACACACAGUUCAUGAUUUAAGACGUUGUCCGGCAUCAAUAGGGGAGGACCGUGUGCAACGUAUGAAUUUGUUGGACUGAUCUUUUGUUAUUAGUCUUCUAUUUUUAUUAGCUUUAUUUUUGAUCUGAUCUCAAUCCACAGUGUUUGGACACUUCUCGGCUGCCUUAGUACUUAACUUGAACUUUUACUUGGCAGCCCAGAUGAUGGAGCACAUAUCCUAUUAUUACAACUGUGUGUGUGCGUGUGUGUGUGUGUGUGUGUGUGUGUGCGUGCGCGUGUGUGUGUGAAUGUUUCUGUGUCGUUUCUGUUUCUUUUAAGUGUGUGUAUAGAGCAAAAUGUGUUAUGUGAUAUUCAGUGCCAGUGUGCCACCGUUGUGUGUGGUCUGUUUGUUACCUUGUGUACAGGACCUCAGGGACACACACAUUAUAUCCAUAAACAGUUGUCAGCUGUUCUGCCAAAGAUGAAAACACAACGUCCACAUGCUGUAGAGAGGUUUUGUAUAGACUCAUGUGGUUCAGUGCCUUCAGUGUUAUCCAUUUAUACUUCAUAUGAUAAAUAAUCAACGGUGCUAUACGACAUGCAAACAUGUGAUGCAGUUAUUAUAAUGGUUUUAUAUCUUCUGUAACACUAAAGAUGCUUGAAAUUCAAGUAUUACAGAGUAUUACAUCCUGUUUGUUUUGAAUAUGUUUUGUUAUAGCACAUAUAGGAAUAUGGACUGUAUUCACUACGUUUGGCCCAUUUUUAGGCUAUGGUUACUUGUAUUUUAUCUCCACAUAUCCCAGAAAUGCUUUUGGUAAAUAGAUGUAAUUUGUAUUUUUCUUCUGGCCUUUACAUUUAUUCCAACAAUGUCCUUUAUUUCUUCAUAUUAACUUUAUAGUCUUUGAUCACCAGGGGGCGACAGACAUCUAAUGCAUUUACAUGUACUCACAUGCGAGUCAUAAGCUUUAAUCUGUGAAUUAGACAGUAGUAUGUUGAAUAUCGUGUGUUAAUACUCUUUUGUGAUAAAUAUUUAUAUUUUACCGUGCAUGUGCCUUAAUUUUUGCAUAUGCAAAAUAAAGCAAAUGUAUAUUGUUAUGA